UGCUGCUGCUGCUGCUGCUGCUGCUUUUGCUUUUGGGGCUGAGUUUAAUAAGCGAGCGAGCGAGCGAGCGAGCACGGGGCGCGGGGGGGGGGGAGAGAAAAAGGCAGAGAAUGUCCGCCAUCUACCCUCCGCUUCUGGGCGCGCUCUCAUUCAUAGCUGCCUCUUCAUGAAUUACAGCUGAAGCGGGACGGGGAGGGGUGUGGGGGGGUACCACACAACACCCCAGAAAAUUCUCCGGGCCCCCAGGCAUGGCUAGCUCGUGUGCCGUGCAGGUGAAGCUGGAGCUGGGGCACCGCGCCCAGGUGAGGAAAAAACCCACCGUGGAGGGCUUCACCCACGACUGGAUGGUGUUCGUGCGCGGCCCGGAGCACAGUAACAUACAGCACUUUGUGGAGAAAGUCGUCUUCCACUUGCACGAAAGCUUUCCAAGGCCAAAAAGAGUGUGCAAAGAUCCACCUUACAAAGUAGAAGAAUCUGGGUAUGCUGGUUUCAUUUUGCCAAUUGAGGUUUAUUUUAAAAACAAGGACCCUAAUAGGAGUAUCCAUACCAGCAGCAGCAGCAGCAGCAGUAGCAGCAGCAGCAGCAGUAGUAGUAGCAGCAGUAGUAGCAGCAGCAGCAGCAGUAGCAGCAGCAGCAGCAGCAGUAGUAGUAGCAGCAGUAGCAGCAGCAGCAGUACCAGUUUUUCAAAGCCUCACAAAUUAAUGAAGGAGCACAAGGAAAAACCUUCUAAAGACUCCAGAGAACAUAAAAGUGCCUUCAAAGAACCUUCCAGGGAUCACAACAAAUCUUCCAAAGAAUCCUCUAAGAAACCCAAAGAAAAUAAACCACUGAAAGAAGAGAAAAUAGUUCCUAAGAUGGCCUUCAAGGAACCUAAACCCAUGUCGAAAGAGCCAAAACCAGACAGUAACUUGCUCACCAUCACCAGUGGACAGCAAGAUAAGAAGGCUCCCAGCAAAAGGCCCUCCAUUUCAGAUUCUGAAGAACUCUCAGCCAAAAAAAGGAAAAAGAGUAGCUCAGAGGCUUUAUUUAAAAGUUUUUCUAGCGCCCCACCACUGAUACUCACUUGUUCUGCUGACAAAAAACAGAUAAAAGAUAAAUCUCAUGUCAAGAUGGGAAAAGUCAAAAUUGAAAGUGAGGCAUCAGAAAAGAAGAAAUCAACUUUACCACCAUUUGAUGAUAUUGUGGAUCCCAAUGACUCAGACGUGGAGGAGACUAUGUCCUCUAAAUCUGAUUCGGAACAACCCAGUCCUGCCAGUUCCAGCUCCAGUUCCAGCUCCAGCUUCACACCGUCCCAGACCAGGCAACAAGGUCCUUUAAGGUCUAUAAUGAAAGACCUGCAUUCCGAUGACAAUGAGGAGGAAUCAGAUGAGGCAGAGGAUAAUGACAAUGACUCUGAAAUGGAAAGACCUGUGAAUAGAGGGGGAAGUCGGAGUCGCAGAGUUAGCUUGAGUGAUGGCAGUGACAGUGAGAGCAGUUCUGCCUCUUCACCCCUCCAUCAUGAACCUCCACCACCAUUAUUAAAAACCAACAACAACCAGAUCCUUGAAGUGAAAAGCCCAAUAAAGCAAAGCAAAUCAGAUAAGCAAAUAAAGAAUGGCGAGUGUGACAAGGCGUACCUAGAUGAGUUGGUAGAGCUUCACAGAAGGUUAAUGACACUGAGGGAAAGACACAUUCUGCAACAGAUUGUGAACCUCAUAGAAGAGACUGGACACUUUCAUAUCACAAACACAACAUUUGAUUUUGAUCUUUGCUCACUGGACAAAACUACAGUCCGUAAACUACAGAGUUACUUAGAAACAUCUGGAACAUCCUGAGGAUACAACUGGAUGCAUCAAAAACUAUUGUCGUUGUUUUUUUUUUUUGGGUUGUGAUUUUUUUUUGUUGUUGUUUAUAUGAAAACACUCAGAAUGAUGCAACCAAAAGGGAAAAAAAUAAAAAUCAAACAACCUUCAGCUUUAUUUUUCUUUAAAGCCAGUCAUCAUCUCUUGAUAAAGGAGAGGUUACGCAAACCAGCCUCAGCGGACCACUCUUCUCUCCAAGGAAAUCCCCGGGAAGAGUUAGCCUGGAUAGCCUUGAAAACAAAACAAAGCAAACACAACACAAGAAACUUAAAGAAUGUGUAUGGUAUCAUGUAUUUCUCUCUCUUUCUCUCUCUCUCUGUGGUGGUUCAUUCCACAGGAUGAAUGCAUAUUCAACACACUGCCUUAUUACAUAACUGAUCUAUUUAUUAUUGCAUACAGAUAUUCUGAAGUUGUUGAGGGAAUGAACCACCAGACAUUAAAAGUACUUGGUCCCACGGAUGCUCUUUCAGUGCAGCACCCUUCCAAGCCCAGUGACCUUACUUGUAUAUCGUGCCACUUUCCACCAACUUUUUCCAAGUCCUUUAACUUGUUGCAGUCUGUAUUUUCCACCUUCGUUUUUCCAGUUCCAAGACACAAAUUACCAACUGGGGGAGGGGAUGGGGUGGUGACCAAAUAGCCACCUUGAUUUUCUUCCUUGGGAUCUUUUUUCCUCAAGGUUGGGGCCCAUGUUAUGAUCUUGGACCAUGGUAGAGAAUUCACCAGAUAGGAUCAUAUGAAUUAAUAUCUAGCCUUAGUCAAUAAACCAGUAGGACUUCUAACAAAUGCGCAUCUGCAAUGUCCUGAAUCUAGCCCUAUUGAGCUGACAUCAACAUUCUUGUGUCUGUUUUACUGUUACAAGAUAAGUUGAACAUGGAAGUAAAGGCAUUCCACAGGAUCAUCACAUUUUUUUAAAAAAAAAACUUUGAUCCUGUUUUCUAAAUUAACUGUAGAAAUGCUUAAUUUGGAUUUCUAUUAGUGAGAGUCUCAGCUCUUUUCAGCUGUCAGUGUGGUACUCGUUUUUUCCAUAAAACCAAGGAUCACAGACUAGUUUGUUCACAUGCAGGUCUUUUAGACUUUAUAUUUGGAAGUUAAGAUCUUUCUUUGGGGGAAAUUCUUGGUUAUUCUGCCAUAACAGACUAUGUAUUAAAUUGUAGAUUCAGUGCUUCGUUACCUGUUUGUCACUUGCCGAUGUUUUCAGAAGGAUUUCCUUUAUGGGCGAAAGUACAGAUGGUUGGGGAGGGGGGAGAUGUUGGUUCUUGUUGUACCCUUGUUUUGAAACUAGAAAUCUGUCCUGUGGCAUGCAAAAGAAAGUGAAUUAUUUUUAAAAGAAAACAAGGUCCUUUUGGUGUCAUUAUUAUAUAAUCUCUGUAAGCAUAGGAAUGAAAAAUAAGAACAAUUCACCGUUCAAGUUGCUCAGCUGAAAAGAUAAGAAAUGAAGAAAUACUUCUGGAUCCAAAGGUUCGUCACUGGAUCAGCCUUAAGAAAGUCUCUACGUGUGCUAACAGACCAAUUACCCCCCCUCCCACCUUGUUUGUUCCCAUGCCAAUGCCGUUCUUUCAUUCAGAGAUUAACCUAGUGUCUAUUCAGAAAAUGGUCUCUCCAGACCCAUUCUUUCAGGCAGUAAUGUAAAUGCAGUGAUAAUGGAGUGACUCCUGCAUUUUUAAAAGGGGAUUUUUUUACACUGUUUCUUUCUAUCCAAAGAAACUAUUUUUUUCCUUUAAAAUACAAUACAGCCAUGCUUCUUGUAAAUCACUUCUCUAAAGUGUCCUCCCA